AUGCCGUCAGAGUCUAAACCUUUGUUGACAGCCCAAACAGAAAAACCAAAUCAUUACUCAUAUUUGAAAGAAUUUCGCGUUGAGCAAUGCCCGCUCUUCUUACAACACAAAUGUACACAGCAUCGACCAUUCACCUGUUUUCAUUGGCAUUUUAUGAACCAAAGGCGACGGCGGCCCGUACGUCGUAGAGAUGGUACUUUUAAUUAUAGUGCAGAUAAUUACUGUACAAAAUACGAUGAAACAACGGGUAUUUGCCCCGAUGGGGACGAGUGAGUAUAUUAUUUUUUUGGGUUAACUUUCCUGUCAUUUUUAUGCAUUGUGGGUGUGACAGUUUU